AUGACGAGAAAAACGAGAAGCUUCGAAUCGGAAGUCGGAACACGCGGCUGGACGAGGAACUUAUGGUCGUCGACCAGGCCAGCCAAACAAUCCAACAGCUAUGCCUACGUUUCACCGACGUUUGCCUACAGUUUCAACUGGGACAACCCUAAUUCCAAGUACCAGCAUGGCUGCCAGGGUCAGAGAUUAUCCCAUGAGCGCGGUCUAACCGGUACAGGAAUGGCGAACGUGGCGCCCUGGCUGCUGUCCAUGUGCCUGCUCAGCCUCCAGGAGAUCGCGGUCCAGCCUGCGAGCAACGCGCUUUCACGCGAUCUUGAAACGACCGGUCAGAGAAGCGUGACAUCAGGCUUUCGCUCGUCUUUAAGGAAUUACAAAACCUUAAUAUCGGGCCACGACGAGCUUCCUGGCCACAUAAACUGCGACUCGCCUAAAGUCGAAGAGAACUCGCUGGACAAAUUACCCACAACCCCGGAGUACAAUAAUCAUCUGUAUGGUUCAACGCCCGAUUCGAGCGAGUACUUCGCAAGACCCUUCGAGAAAACGGUCAACGCGAGAUUACCCGGAAGAAACUUCAACGUACUCAGGUCAGAUGCUCAGUCUGUGAAUCAGCUAGAGUCUCACGGGUUUAAUUACGAUCCUGGUCGAGGACACGUGGAGGAUGAUUACGUUGGACCCGCCAUGGAACUGGUCUACGCGUGGUCCACCAUCGACUAUGAUUACGACAGCAUAGAGGCUCGAGACUCGGCUAUCUUCGAUGGAGAUUUCAUCGCGGAAAACAAUCUACCUCUGGGUCUAGAGAUCUGGAGAGACAAGGUUUUCAUCACUCUGCCAAAGUGGAAGGACGGUAUUCCAGCCACCCUGGCUACUGUACCCAAACGCUCGAAGACGAAGAGCCCAAAGUUGAGGCCCUAUCCUGAUUGGGGAUGGCAUCGAACAGGCAACUGCGAAGGACUGACCUCGGUCUUCAGAAUCCACGUAGACGAGUGCGACCGUCUAUGGGUCCUGGACUCCGGCAAAGUAGACAUAUCGAAAGGGGGCAAGACAGCGUGUCCUCCAGCGAUCUUCAUCUUCGACUUAACAACCGACAACCUGAUCAGGAAGUACAUCAUACCCGAUGACCAAGUGAAGGAGGACUCCUUAUACGCGAACAUCGUGGUGGACAUCAGAAACGAGGACUGUAGCUCAGCAGUAGCCUACGCAUCCGACGUGUUUCGUUACGGUCUGCUGGUGUACGACUUCUUCAAAGACAGCUCCUUCAGAAUCCAACACCACUUCUUCUUCCCUGACCCUCUGGCCUCCAAAUACGAGCUCCAUGGUCUGAGAUUCCAAUGGACCGACGGAAUCUUCGGGAUCGCCUUGAGUCCAUUGGACAUCCACGACGACAGGACCCUGUUCUUCCAUCCCAUGUCCAGCUUCCGCGAAUUCGCUGUCUCCACGUCGAUUCUCAGCGACAAGAAGACAGCGGAUGAUAACACCGACUACUUCAUGCCCAUCGGGAGACCCAGGGCCAAAGACUAUGGCCAUUCCUCAGGGUCUGUGAUAGAUAGGAACGGAGUGAUGUUCUUCAACAUGGUGACCAGGGAUUCUGUCUGGUGUUGGGACACCAGGAAGGAGUACAUCCCGCAGAAUCUCGGGGUUAUAGGGACUAGCAACUUGUCCUUAGUCUUUCCAAACGACAUCAAGGUCGAUCACGAGUACGAUCAGAACGUCUGGCUGAUCUCGAACAAGCUGGCCAUGUACCUUUAUGGCAGCAUCGACAGCAGCAAGAUCAACUACAGAGUCUUCAAGGCCAAUGCCAGGGAAGCUGUUAAGGACACCGUCUGCGACCCUAAUUACGCGGUGCCUGGCUCAGAACACGGCUACGACGAGAUCUGCUGA